AUGGGCGAAGAGAUAUCCGAGUUCGAAAAGCAGCGUUUGGCGAACAUCGCCGAACGCGAUGCGCUUCUCAAGAAGCUCUCGCUGGAGACGCAAUCCGCCGGGCUCUUUGGGCCUCAGAAACCCAGAAUCUCGUCCGGGGACCAGACAAAGACCAAGAAAAAGACCCCCGUCAAGAAAAUCAAGCAGGAGUCCGAGCCAGUGCUGCCCCGGCGCAUGUCAUCGCGGUUGAGAGGCAUCAAGGCGGAGAGCGAGGUUGCGAAACGCAAGGCGGAGGAGCAGUAUGAAGCUGCCCAGGAGGCGGAACGCGUGAAGCGGCUUCGAAAGUCGGAUUCUUUCUCGUUCAAUGAAAUGGUCGUCUCGGGCCAGAAGCUAAGCGGUGAUGGCCUGAUCGGGGUGGACGUGGUUACCAAGGGCGUGGCGAUGCCUUAUCAGCGGACGUUUGAUGAUGAGGAUAUUAAGAAGACCACAGAUAAGGAUCUAAGAGCGUUGAGGGAGGAAAUGAGUGGGCUGCAGCUGUGGGAAGCCUGGGAACCUAGUCGGAUCAAAAUCACCCCCGAACGAGUCUAUACGAUGACGUUCCACCCGUCCGAGACCAAGCCUUUGAUCUUCGCGGGCGACAAGAUGGGCCAUCUAGGUGUCUUGGACGCAUCCCAGGAAAAACCUACCUCGGCCGUGAAGCAAGAGGACGAGGACGAGGACGAGGACGAAGAUCCAGACCCGGUCCUUACCACGCUCAAACCACAUACUCGCACCAUCAGCUCGAUGACGAUUCAUCCAUUGAAGCCAACUCAUCUCUACACCGCCAGCUACGACAGUUCCAUCCGAGAAAUGGACCUGGAAAAGACGACUUCUGUAGAACGAUACGCACCCCAAUCCACCUCAGAGGAUGUCCCCAUCUCCGGCGUAGACAUGGCCGCCGACGAUCCGAACUGUCUAUACUGGACCACUCUGGAGGGUGAAUUCGGCCGGUACGAUAUGCGUGCGCCUCGAACCAGCCCUAUUUCGACCUGGCGUCUCUCCGAGAAGAAAAUCGGAGGCUUUUCCCUGUGUCCUACACAACCUUACUACGUCGCAACAGCCAGUUUGGAUCGCACGAUGCGACUCUGGGAUCUGCGAAAGCUGUCGCAUCGGGACCCCGUUCCUAUCGGUGAGCACCAGAGUCGAUUGUCCGUGUCCCAUGCGGCGUUCAACGGUGUCGGUCAGAUCGCAACGUCGUCUUAUGAUGAUACUCUGAAGAUCUAUGAUUUUAGAGCCAAGGGUCUGUCGUCCUGGAAACCAGGCCAUACGCUCUCUGAUAACCAAAUGAGGCCUGACACGGUUGUGCGGCAUAAUUGUCAGACCGGACGUUGGGUUACCAUCCUCCGUCCACAAUGGCAACAAAAUCCACAAUCCCACAUCCAACGUUUCUGUAUCGGGAACAUGAACCGCUUCGUCGACAUCUACAGCGGUUCAGGCGACCAGCUCGCUCAACUAGGCGGCGAUGGCAUCACGGCCGUACCUGCAGUCGCAGUCUUCCAUCGGAGUCAGAAUUGGGUUGCAGCGGGAACGGCGAGUGGGAAGAUUUAA